AUGUCAAGGAGCUACCAGCAAGUCUUGGCACUUGUAUUUGCUGUGGAGAAAAUCAACAAAGAUCCCCAUUUCUUACCCAAUAUUUCUCUGGGAUUCCGUAUCUAUGAUAACUAUUACAAUGGAGGCCAAACCUAUGAGAACGUCAUUAGCCUUCUGUCUGAAAGGGACAAACUCACUCCAAUUCUUUCUCCUCCCUAUGGAUAUGGGUACUACUAUGGUUAUGGGUAUCCAUCUUACAACAUGAUGGGCACAGAGAAUGAGGAGAAAGUCAAAAUACUUCCCAACUACAAUUGCCAAGGCCACAAGAAGAUGGUGGCUGUCAUUGGAGGGUUGACAUCAGAGUUCUCCAUGCAGAUGGCCAACAUGCUGGGGAUCUACAAGUUACCACAGCCACCUAAUUCUAAGUGCAGCGAUAACUGUCCCCCUGGAUUACGGAAAGUCCUUCUUGAUGACAAACCCAGUUGUUGCUUCCAUUGCACUGAAUGUCCCAAUGGGGAAAUCUCCAACCAAACAGAUAUGGACCAUUGUGUGGCGUGUGAAGAACAUCUCUAUGCAAAUGAAGCAAGAAAUACAUGUAUCACCAAAAACAUCAUCUACCUGUCCUAUGGAGAACCUUUGGGAAUUAUUUCAGCUUCCACUUCUCUUUCUUUCUCAGUUUUUGCUGCCCUGGUGCUAGGAACUUUUAUUAAGUUCAGAGGGCAUCCUAUAGUCAAAGCCAAUAACCGUCAUCUCAGUUAUAUUCUCUUAUCCACUCUGAUACUCUGUUUCCUCUGUUGCUUGCUCUUCAUCGGACGCCCAAGGAAAAUGACUUGCCUUUUUCGGCAAGCAGUCUUUGGGAUCAUUUUCUCUGCCUCUCUUGCUACCAUCUUGGCCAAAACCAUCACGGUGGUUCUGGCUUUCAAGGCCACAAAGCCAGGCAGCGGUGCACGAAAAUGGCUGAGACCUAGACUUUCAUACUUCUUUAUAAUGGUCUGUUCUCUCAUUCCGACUGCCAUUUGCAUGGUCUGGCUGGGAACCUCCCCUCCAUUCCCAGAUGCUGAUUUCUAUUCAGAGCUUGGACAAAUCAUCCUGGAGUGCAAUGAGAGCUCACCCGCUGCACUCUACUCCAUUCUGGGCUACAUGGGCCUCUUGGCUUUGGUGAGCUUCAUUGUGGCUUUCCUUGCCAGGAAGCUCCCUGACAGGUUCAAUGAAGCCAAGUUCAUAACUUUCAGCAUGCUGGUUUUCUGCACUGUCUGGGUAUCCUUCAUCCCAGCCUAUCUCAGCACAAAGGGGAAAUAUAUGGUGACUGUAGAGAUUUUCUCAAUUUUGGCCUCUAGCGCUGGAUUACUUGGCUGCAUCUUUCUACCUAAGUGUUAUGUCAUUCUACUGCAUCUAGAUAAGAACCAAAAAGUG